AUGAGCUUCCAUCAAGGGGAGGAUAUCUCUGAUGAUAUCGAUUCCAUCCUGUCAGCAUCAGUCGCUGAUGAUGAUGAGGAGGAAGACGGCUAUGACGGCUACUCCAGCAGAUUCUCCCUCGACUCCGUGUCCGUCUCGGACGACGUCCGCGACUACAUUUUCGAGAACUCGCGGCGCUACCACAAGUACUACGACGGGCUGUACCACUUCCCCAAUGACGACGCCGAGCAGGAGCGCGAGGAUCUGCAGCAUGCCAUGGUCAUCCUCCUCUGCGAAGGUAAGCUGCACUUCGCGCCGCUAGACAACCCCCAGUCCGUACUCGACAUCGGCACCGGGACAGGUAUUUGGGCCAUAGAAAUGGGCGACGAGUACCCUCAGGCAGAUAUCUUGGGCAUAGACCUCAGCCCAAUACAGCCGCUAUGGGUGCCCCGAAACGUGCAGUUCCUCGUGGACAAUGUAGAGGAGGAGUGGGUUCAGCCGGCGAACUCGCUGGACUACAUCCAUUCGCGCCAGAUGGCGCCGUCGAUACGGGACUGGCCUACCAUUUUCUCGGAAGCGUAUAAUCACUUCCUCGCCACAAGCAAGCAUGGCUUACCCGUAGUCUCCCCCAAAAGAGCCCUCAAGCCCGGCGGCUGGAUCGAGAUCCAAGACCUGAAGUGCAUCACGAGGUGCGAGGACGCGCUCCCCGCCGACGAGCCGUGCCACCGCUUCACCAGCACCCUCGUGCAGGCCCUGCGCGGCCUCGGCAUCGACUGCAUCCACUCCAUCGACCACUACGAGCCCUGGCUGCGCGCCGCCGGCUUCGCCAACGUCCAGACCGCCACCCUCAAGGCCCCCCUCGGCACCUGGCCCGACAACGCCCACGACGCCAAGAUCGGCCUCUUCAAUCGCAACAUGAUCUACAGCGGCCUGCACGCCUUCAGCAUUCGCCCCUUUACCCACGGGCUCGGAUGGACGCCCGAGGAGGUCGAGGUCUACCUUGUCGAUGUGAGGAAGAGUCUGCUGACGUCGCAGGCGCGGCUGUACUUUCCCUGGGUCGCGGUGUGGGCGCAGAAACCGCUUGAGCCGGUGGUGGGAGGGGAGCCCAACGCCGCGGGGCCGAUAGGGGUGCCGUCGACGUGA